AUACAUAGUACACAACGUGGCCCAUAGUCUAGUCACCUCUGACCUCCCCUUUCGUCUAUAUUAUACAACAAUACACGUACUUGUAGAGAGAGAAACCCUUAGAGAGACACACACACACAAAAGCAAUCGAUAUACACUGGCUCUUCAUUCAGACGUUUUUGCGACACUUCCCCAACAAUUUAGAUAUCCUAUUUCUAUCAUUCCGACGUUUUUGCAACACUUCCCCCAACAAUUUAGAUAUCCUAUUUCUAUCAACCUUCCAUUCCUUCACACUUAUUAAUAAUAUCAAUUCAUUCCCUCCAUCAAAACCGUUCGUCGUCGUCGUGAUUUCACAACCAACCUCAUCCCGACGACGGACACCCCAACAUGGCCGGAAAAUCUCCAAUAUCCAUCCAUUCCGACGUCGUAUAACAAUAGAUAACGUUUCAUCAAUCUCCAAUGGAUGAUCCAGACGAGAGUUUAUCCCGUCACCGGCUAGCGGAGGUCGCCGGAGGAACCACGGCGGAAUGUGCAGCGGUGGUCUGCUGUUUCCCCUGCACCGUCGUUCAUUUCAUCGUGUUAGCCGUUUACAAACUUCCGGCAGGUUUGUACCGGAAAGCGGUAAAGAGGAAGCGUCGCCGGCGGCUUUUGAAAAAAGGGUUGUUGAUCCAGAGACCCAAUGGGGAGAUAAUCGCCGCCGGCCACCGGGUCACCGUCGUUGACGGUGGCGGUGAGCGGUUUGUUACGAAAUCGGUGGAAUCCGAUGAGGAUUUUAUUGAGUUUGAAAAUGAGAUGUGGGAAAAGUUUUACGGGACCGGGUUUUUUAGGAGUUUGUCGCAACGGGUUAAUUGAACCGGCUGAAUUUGCUGUUUGUUGUUCAUGUUUGUACUGUACAAGUAUAGUAUGCAUGGUGAUGAAUGAAGAUAAAACUGUAAAAUGGGCCUUGAAUGUAUAGAUUUGUGAUCCUCAUUUGCUCAAGAUAAUAAUCUUUUGAUUUGUGAGGUAAAAUCUGCAGUUUGGGUUUCUUUGUGUCUAGAUAAAAAAUGAGAUAUUUUUUUAUUGUUUUUUAUGUAGUUUAAUGCAAAAUGGAAUUGAUAUUUU